AUGGAAUUCGCUUUUUUACUUUAUUUUCUGAAUUAUUUUUAUAUCGAGCUAUUUAUCAAAGAAUUUCGAAUUCAAUUGGAAGAACAUUUAUUUUAUUUAGCACAUUUUCUAGUGCAAUGUUUGGAGCUAGUUGUGCUUUUUUACCUUCUUCAUUUAGCAUGGUCACUUUCAAUUUUUUGUACGGCUUUUAGUGCUUUAAUUGGUUGGCCAUUUUCUGCAAUUCUUGGAUUACCUAUUGUUAUAGAAAUGUUAAUAAUUAGAAAAAGAAAAUUGGCUUUAAAAUUUUUAUUUUAUUCAAUUAUUUUUGGAUUAUCAAUUUGUUUAUUACUUUUUAUUGUUGAUACACAUUUCUUUGGAAGGCCUGUUCUUGCACCUUUAAAUAUUAUUUUUUAUAAUAUAUUUUCGAGUAAUGGGCCAAAUCUUUAUGGAAAAGAACCAAUUUCUUUUUAUUUAAAAAAUUUGUUUUUAAAUUUUAAUAUUGCUUUUAUUUUGGCGAUUUUUGCAAUUCCAUUUUGUUUAUUAUUUUUAAUUAUUCAAAAAAUAAAUGAAGAAAAAUAUAAAAAAGAAGACAAAACAAUAUUAUUUAAAAAUUAUUUUGAAAGUAAUCCUUUAAAACAAUGGGAAAGAUUUAGACCUUUAAUUUUUCUUUCAAUGUCGGCAAUUGUUUGGAUGUUAAUUUUUAUGUUACAGCCACAUAAAGAGGAACGUUUUCUCUUUCCAAUUUAUCCACAUAUUUGUUUAUUGGCAGCUAUUUGUUUGGAUUGUUUGUAUAGAUUAUUAAAUAAAACAAAAUUCGCAACAACAUUUUGUAUUGCUAUUUUAAUUAUUUUUGUUGUUGCAAGUUUUUCACGUAUUGCUGCUUUACACAGAAAUUACUCUGGAUUGUUGGAUAUUUACAAAGAUUUUAAUAAUAAAAUAUCUUCUGAUAGAAAUUUGAUACAAAAUACAACAAAAAAAUUGCCAAUAAGAGUUUGUAUUGGAAAAGAAUGGCAUCGUUUUCCUUCUUCUUUCUUUUUGCCAGAAAGUGGAAGAAAUUUUAGUGAAGUAGAAAUGCGUUUUAUUCGCAGCGAAUUUCGGGCUCUUUUACCAGAUAUUUUCCCAAAAGGGUCAACAUUAUCAGAAAUUACAAGACAAAUACCAAUUCAUCAAAAUGAUGAAAAUAGGGAACAAUUAGAGAGAUAUGUGCCUUUAGAGUCUUGUAACUUUCUAAUUGAUUUGGUUGGAAUGGAACCGACAGAACUGGAACCAGAUUAUUCAAAAAUGGUGGGUAAAAUAAUAAUUAAAAAAUAA